AUGAUUACAUGCGUGGAGUAUGUCAAUGAACGUACUAUUGAUAAAUUCGAGAAAGAGGCUGCUGAGAUGAGUAAGGGUUCUUUUAAAUAUGCUUGGGUGUUGGAUAAACUGAAAGCUGAACGUGAGCGUGGUAUCACUAUCGACAUUGCCUUGUGGAGGUUUGAAACCGUUAAGUACAGUGUCACAGUUAUUGAUGCACCUGGUCAUCGGGAUUUCAUCAAGAAUAUGAUCACAGGAACAAGUCAAGCUGAUUUUGCUAUACUGAUUGUUGCUGCUGGUGUUGGUGAGUUUGAGGCCGGUAUUUCCCAGAAUGGCCAAACUAGAGAACACGCUCUGUUGGCAUACACGCUGGGUGUCAAACAGUUAAUUGUCGCAAUCAAUAAGAUGGACUCCACUGAACCUCCCUUCUCUGAGACUCGAUACAAGGAAAUUAUCAAAGAAGUAUCUGGCUACAUCAAGAAAGUCGGGUUUAAUCCUGCUGCGGUCCCGUUUGUACCUAUCUCUGGGUGGCACGGUGAUAAUAUGAUAGAAAAGAGUCCCAACAUGCCAUGGUUUAAAGGUUGGGACAUUGCAAAAACGAAGGAGGGGAAGAGCUUAAGUGACUCGGGUCAUACACUUAUAGAUGCAAUUGAUAAAAUGGAACCUCCAUCUAGACCGACAAACAAACCUCUCCGAAUCCCGUUGCAAGAUGUCUACAAGAUAGGUGGUAUUGGUACGGUUCCUGUUGGUCGCGUCGAGACUGGUAUCAUCAAACCUGGUAUGGUCGUGACAUUUGCUCCCCAAGGAUUAACAACAGAAGUCAAGUCCGUCGAAAUGCAUCACGAAGCCCUUACAGAAGCCUUGCCCGGUGACAAUGUUGGUUUUAAUGUGAAGAAUGAAUGA